AUGAAUUGUCAAGUUAAUGGCUCGGAGGAAAACACGAGUACUUUGUGUGGGUCCAAUACUAAGACCAUCAGAGAUGUAUCCGGCAUUGUUGCUAGGGAAAAUAGUAAAAUGUCAAAUGAAGUCAUGAUUAACAUCAAUUACGGGGAAGAAAGCUCUAUGAUUGGUAGUGGUAAUGGUAAUAAUGAUAAUGUUCCUGAAAUGAAGGUGCAAGAACAACACGCUAAGGCAGAUAGUUCCUUUCUUCAUUCAGUUAUCAACAUGUCCGGAACUCUGAUAGGUCUUGGACAACUAUCGACACCCUACGCAGUACAAAAUGGUGGAUGGGCUUCGGCUUUCCUUCUCAUAGGAUUCGGAAUACUAUGUGCAUAUACUUCACAUCUAUUAGCAGAAUGUCUCAAAAAUAAUGCCAAGUUAAGAAACUAUCUAGACAUUGCACAGUUUUCUUUCGGGAAGAAAGGAAGGGUUAUGGUUUCAAUCUUCAUGUACAUGGAAAUCUUUAUGUCCCUAGUCUCAUUCACGAUUUCGCUUCACAAUAACUUGGGUCAAGUAUUUCUUGGAGCUAAACUCCUCAAUUUGUCAUGGAUUAAUACAGCUCAAGCUCUGACAGUAAUUGCAAUUAUAUUAGUAUUACCCACAGUAUGGCUGAGAGAUCUUUCGAAGAUAUCAUUUCUUUCUGUGGCGGGUAUUCUCAUGUCGCUUGUAAUUUUUGUCACAAUAGGAUGUACGGCCGCAUUUGGUGGUAUUAAAACUAACCAAUCUAUACCAGUGCUUCAACUCAACAAAAUUCCUGCAGUAUCUGGUUUAUAUAUUUACAGUUUUGCUGCUCAUGUCCUCUUUCCUGAUAUUUACAAAUCGAUGAGAGACCCUUCUCAGUUCUCUAAGGUAUCCAUUGCGAGCUUUGGCCUGGUUACAGUCUUCUAUACGGGAUUGGGGUUCAUGGGGGCGAAGUUAUUUGGUUCUGGAGUGAGCUCACAAGUUACCCUCAGCAUGCCGAGACAUCUCAUUAUUACAAAGAUAGCAUUGUGGGCUGUCGUCUUAACGUCAUUGACAAAAUAUGCAUUUCAACUCGUUCCAGUAGCAUCCGUAGUUGAAUGCAAACUUCCUUCUUCGAUGAGUUCAAAAAUGAGAAAGUUCAUUAGGGGUACUGUAGGAUCCUUACUGCUAAUAUUUGUUCUAAUUUUAGCUCUCACGGUUCCUUACUUUGAAAACGUUCUCGGCUUAACCGGUUCACUUGUUAGUAUCAGUGUCGCAAUCAUAUAUCCUUGUGCGUUUUACAUUAAGAUCUUUAGGCCUCAGUUAUCAAAGCUAGGUCUAGCAUUCAAUGUAUUUUUCAUUAUCUUUGGUCUAUUUUUGGGGAUUAUAGGUACCAUUACAUCCUCAAAAUCACUUGUUCAAAACGUUGGAAGACAAUGGUAA